AUGCCGGAAGAUACAAAGACGCAGGGUAAAAAUAAAAAUGGUCCAAAAGAGCAACGUAAACGUCGAGGCCGACAAUCUGGUCCUGAAAUUAAGCAAGAAAAAGUAUCUGAGACAGCAAAACCUUCAACUAAAUCUCCGGAGAAAUCUGAAAAGCCUACAUAUGUACCACCCCCUCCAGAAUUUUACAAGAAUCUAAAAAAAGAAACUGAUGAAAUACUCAAAAUUACGGAGGAAGCAAACUCAAAGUAUAAAAAGAAAGAAAUACUGAGUAAUUGGGCUAAGUAUGAGAUGCCCAUAGAGAGUUAUGAAGAAAUUGAUGAACAAGAGAACUUGGGUGCUGAUUAUGAAACCUUAGCCAACACGCCAUUGUCUAUUGGAGGUCAUUUUCAAUUUAAACAUGAAAAAUCAUGGGAUGAAAACAGUGGACCAUCUCCUUAUGAUAAGUAUUUUGAUAUCAAUAUGGAGAACUUAUAUACAGCCCUAUCAAGCAUACCAUUUUUUGAAAGAAAUGAUAUAGAUCAAUCUAUCUUUAGUGAAACAGACAUUCAAAAUAUGACCCAUCGUGCAAUGAAGUUUAAACAAAAGUACUACAAUGAUAAGAAAUAUAUGACACCAGAGAUGGAGGCUCAAGAAAAAAUACUAAAUAAAUUGACUAUACAUGAUGACACUAAGUAUGUAGAGGCAACUAAUGAUAAAGAAAUUGAUGUUCUACCUGAAAUUAAUUCAGAAAAUAAAGAAGUUGGUAUUAUAGCUAAUUCUGAUAACAUUAAAAUACAAGAACCUAAUACUACAUUACAAAGUGAAAAUGAUAUCAAUGAACCUAGUGAAAUUACUGAACCACACAUUUGGAAAGAAAAAGACAAUUUGAAACAUGUAUUAGAUGUGGAAGAUAAUAUUAAAGUACCAAUUAAAAACAAUAUAGAGGUUGAACAGUUGUUUGAAAGUAAAGUCACUGCUUUGAAACCAAAGAAUCCUGUCAUAGAAUCGCCUGAAGAUCUUGAAAAAUGGCUUGAUGACUUCUUAGAUGGAUAA